CUGGUGACUUGAGUGACACAACUGUCAACGGCUAGGGACUUUUGUCGACAGAAAGCGGACCAGGAUGGGCUUUGGGUUAAAUUACGUGUAAAUACACCCAUUUGUGGGGGAAAUCAAACACAUUAUUAAACACGUGUGGGUAUUUUUUCUUAAAGUUUGUUACUAGGAGUACGAAGAUUGUGACAAAGGCAACCGUUGACGGAAUGAUGUAUCGCGUCCUGUCAUUAGUGUGAUUUUCUUGGCCGAGUUUCCACCCCACAACACAAAAAUGAAGAAAAAGGUCCUCCUCAUGGGCAAAAGCGGCUCCGGCAAGACCAGCAUGCGGUCCAUAAUCUUCGCCAACUACAUCGCCCGCGACACCCGCAGACUGGGGGCCACAAUCGACGUGGAGCACUCCCACGUCCGCUUCCUCGGCAACCUAGUCCUCAACCUGUGGGACUGCGGAGGCCAGGAAGCCUUCAUGGAGAACUACUUCGCCUCCCAACGCGACAACAUCUUCCGCAACGUGGAAGUCCUCAUCUACGUCUUCGACGUGGAAAGCCGCGAACUGGAAAAAGACAUGCACUACUACCAGUCCUGUCUGGAAGCCAUCCUCCAGAACUCGCCUGAAGCCAAAGUCUUUUGUCUGAUCCACAAAAUGGACCUGGUGACCGAGGACCAACGAGAGAUUAUUUUCAAAGAGCGCGAAGCCGAUUUGAAGAGGCUGUCGCUGCCGUUGGAAUGCACGUGUUUUAGGACUUCCAUUUGGGACGAAACGUUGUACCGGGCUUGGUCGAGUAUAGUCUAUAUGUUAAUUCCAAACGUGAAAGAGCUUGAGAAUAGUCUACAACAAUUUGCGAAUAUCGUGGACGCCGACGAAGUCCUUUUGUUCGAAAGAGCGACUUUCCUGGUGAUUUCGCACUGCCAGAGGAGGCAUCACCGAGACGUACAUAGGUUCGAAAAAGUGUCGAACAUCAUAAAGCAGUUUAAAUUGUCGUGUUCGAAGUUGGCUGCGCAGUUCCAGAGCAUGGAAGUGCGGAAUUCGGCCUUCGCGGCCUACAUAGAUAUGUUCACUAGUAAUACGUACGUGAUGGUGUGUAUGUCCGACCCGCAGAUCCCGUCGGAGGUCACCCUUAUUAAUAUUAGGAACGCGCGGAAGCACUUCGAGAAGCUAGAGAAGGUGUCGAGUUCGGCUCCCAUUGGUCACCGUUGAGAGGGUGGGGGGAGGAAGUUGUGCCAAAUGCCGAUGCGAUAAGUACAAUUAAGGUUAAAGCAGCAUAUCCAGAUUUGCAAAUGCAAUAUUUUGUAGAUAUUAUCUAUAUUAAUUUUUUAUUUAUUAUUAUACACUGUAUGUUUAUAGAUAGGUACUUACGGAGGUGCUACGAAUAAUGAUUAAGUGAAAAUGGAUGCGCGAUCUUCUGGCUCACUCGUCACUAGCUUAAAUAUGAGGGGUUUAAUAAAAUGUGCGACUUUACGUCAAUCUAAAUAUA